UUUGAGGUUCUCCCCCAAAAUUUAGGUCGAAAAAUGGCCAUCCAACGCGUUAUAGUCUUCACGCUCAUCGCCAGCAGCCUAAUUUCCGGGUCCUAUGCCAUUGCUGGAACUGCCACCUACUAUAAUGUUUAUGUUCCAUCGUCAUGCUAUGGAUUCGAGAAUCAGGGCACGAUGAUAGCCGCAGCUAAUGCUGCUCUGUUCAACAAUAGUGCGGCCUGUGGGAGACGUUACAGGGUUCGAUGCACUGGAUCGACAAACCAAGGCAUACCUCAGCCCUGCCGCAAUGGUGAAAUUACAGUGAAGAUUGUUGAUAUGUGUCCAGGAUGCGAAGCAAACCAGGUGGAUCUGUCCCUGCAAGCUUUCGCCACCAUUGCUGACCUUGAUGCUGGAAGGAUCAAUAUUGAUUUUAACCCGGCUUGAGGGGGUAGUUGGAGAACGAAGAAUUCAACUUGCAAGAAUUAUAAGCUUAAUAAAGAUACAUAUAUAUAGGGUUUUGCUCAUGGAACGGGCACUGGUAUACUAACCCUUGUGAAAUAAAAGGCGAAGGAUAUAUACAGAAAUCGGUGUGAUCAGAUUUCUACAGUGUCGGAAGACGUCGUCUGUGGAUGUUACAUGCAUGUAAUAGUAAGCGGCUUUCCAAACAAUAUUAAUAAAUAAUC